GCGUCUCGGGCGGGACGUCCGCGGGGACGCGUGCGGGCGCCGGCGAUGGGCUCCGUGGCGCGGCUGGCGGCGCUGCUGGCGGUGCUGGCGCUGCGGGCGGGGGCGCCGGCGGGGGCCGCGGCGCGCGGGGACACCUUCUCGGCGCUGACCAGCGUGGCGCGCGCCCUGGCCCCCGAGCGCCGCCUGCUGGGGCUGCUGAGGCGCUACCUGCGCGGGGAGGAGGCGCGGCUGCGGGACCUGACCAGGUUCUAUCACAAGGUGCUUUCUUUGCAUGAGGAUUCAGCAACCCCUGUGUCUAACCCUCUGCUUGCAUUUACUCUCAUCAAACGCCUACAGUCUGACUGGAGGAAUGUGGUACAUAGUCUGGAGGCGAGUGAGAACACCCGAGCUCUGAAGGAUGGCUUCGAGAAGGUGGAGCAGGACCUGCCAGCCUUCGAGGACCUUGAGGGAGCAGCGAGGGCCCUGAUGCGGCUGCAGGACGUGUACACGCUCAACGUGAAGGGCCUUGCCCGCGGCGUCUUUCAGAGGGUCACUGGCUCCGCGGUCACUGACCUGUACAGCCCCAGCCGGCUUUUCUCCCUCACGGCAGAUGACUGCUUCCAAGUUGGCAAGGUGGCCUAUGACAUGGGGGAUUACUACCAUGCCAUCCCCUGGCUGGAGGAGGCCGUCAGUCUCUUCCGAGGAUCUUACGGAGAGUGGAAGACAGAGGAUGAGGCAAGUCUCGAGGAUGCCUUGGAUCACUUGGCCUUUGCCUAUUUCCAGGCGGGAAAUGUUUCAUUUGCCCUCAGCCUCUCCCGGGAGUUUCUUCUCUACAGCCCGGAUAAUAAGAGGAUGGCCAGGAAUGUCUUGAAAUAUGAAAAGCUCCUGGCAGAGAGCGCCAACCAGGCCGUCGCAGAGGCUGUCAUCCAGAGGCCCAAUGUGCCCCACCUGCAGACCAGGGCCACCUAUGAGGGGUUGUGUCAGACCCUGGGUUCCCAGCCUACUCACUACCAGAUCCCGAGCCUCCACUGCUCCUACGAGACCAAUUCCAGUCCCUACCUGCUGCUGCAGCCUGUCCGGAAGGAGGUCAUCCACCUGGAGCCCGAUGUUGUCCUCUACCACGACUUCGUCAGUGACUCAGAGGCUCAGAAAAUUAGAGGGCUGGCAGAACCGUGGCUGCAGAGAUCUGUGGUGGCGUCCGGCGAAAAGCAGUUACCCGUGGAGUACCGCAUUAGCAAAAGUGCCUGGCUGAAGGACACCGUUGACCCAAUGCUGGUCACCCUUGACCAUCGCAUUGCUGCCCUCACAGGCCUUGAUGUCCAGCCUCCCUACGCCGAGUAUCUCCAGGUGGUGAACUAUGGAAUCGGAGGGCACUAUGAACCUCACUUUGACCACGCUACGUCACCAACCAGCCCACUGUACAGAAUGAAGUCUGGGAACCGAGUUGCAACAUUUAUGAUCUAUCUGAGCUCGGUGGAAGCUGGAGGAGCUACAGCCUUCAUCUAUGCCAACUUCAGCAUGCCUGUGGUCAAGAAUGCUGCACUAUUUUGGUGGAACCUGCAUAAGAGUGGUGAAGGGGAUGGUGACACACUUCAUGCUGGCUGUCCUGUCCUGGUGGGAGAUAAGUGGGUGGCCAACAAGUGGAUACACGAGUAUGGGCAGGAAUUCCGCAGACCCUGCAGCUCAAGCCCCGAAGACUAACAUGUUGGCAGAGAGAAGUUGAUGACGUCCCAUGGCUUUCCAGGCAAGCCAGAAGCCAAAGCGAGGGACUGGAGAGGAGAAAGGAGAGCAUCCUUCUGGAAGAGGGCCUUGUCAGCACUGUGUUCCUUGAGAAUGGGAGGCAGGGAAGUGGUCUUUAUCAGGGCUCACCUGAGAAUUCACUGAGAAACCAUUCACAUUUUUUCUGCUCCAGGCAUGGGCACAGUAGAAGGGACAAUACAAAGGGUGGGGCAAAAGGCUGGAGAGAGGUUUCUGGAGAUCAGAGAUCUCUGUUGGGAACAGGAUAUAUCAACGGUCUCUGGGGCUUGGUACAAGGGGCUUUUGCCUUUUUGAACCUUGACACCAGGGUCCCAUAGGUGCAGUGAGGACACCUGCAGGAAGGGCUGGCCGGCUCCCACGGCUUUUUGCCCUUCAGCCCACUGACUUGUGCUGAAGCCUAAGCAAGCAGUAACUCCGUAUCAGGAGUGCACUUCAUAUGAUAAUUUUUUAAAGCAUAAAGCAACUUUUUGUAUGACAAUUUUUAAAUACUGUUAUUAAAAAGGUUUACAAAUCAUUUCCACACCGAAAAUAUUCUUACAUUAUAAUAUUGAGUGAAAGAAGCAGAAUGCAAACUUUUUAUUUAUGCCAUAAUCUCAACUUGGCUCACUUCCCACCACUCCCCUCUCACUCCAUUCCAGACACAUAACAUUAUUUCUUUUCUUUCUUUUUUAAAGCUAUUAUUUAUUUCAGAGAGGAAGGGAGGGUGAGAGGGAGAGAUAGAAACAUCAAUGAUGAGAAUCAUUGAUCGCUGCCUCCUGCACACCCCAUACUGGGGUUCGAGCCCACAACCCAGGCAACAUGUGCCCUGACUGGGAAUCGAACCGGUGACCUCUUGGUUCAUAGGUCAGUGCUCAACCACUGUCCCAUACCGGCCGGGCACAUGACAUUCUUUCUGUUCCUCAAAACCACCAUGCUCAGCACCCUCAGCACCAUUCCUGCUUUCUAGACCUUUGUAUUUGCAGCUCCCUCAACUCCUCCCUGGCCAAGCUCUUCUCAUCAUUUCACUCUUGGCUUAAUGUCACUUCAGAGAGGACUUCCCUGAUCACCCAGCCUUCUAGCCAGUGUCCUUCAGAUUAACUACUUUUAUUUUCUUUAUAACAAGUUUCUCAAAUUGAAAUUACUUGAUUCAUUUGUUUGAUUGUGGCCAAUUGCCUUCCCUGCAGGAUGAGUGCUUUAAGACCCCACUAUGUUUUGUAAAUGCCUCUAUUACAGCUCUGAGCUCACUGAAUUUCAGUAUUUAUUUGCCUGGCUGUUCACAUUACACUCUGGGCUCCUCAUUCCUCUUGGUGUCCCCAGAGGAAGGUCUGGUUUGAAAUAAGUAGGCAUUUAGCAAACAUUUUGGAUAAAUCAAUAAGAAGGCAUCCUUUGAGCUGUGCUUUGGGGGACGGGUAGAACUUUAACAGGCAGAGUUUUAAUGAGAAGCAUUUCCCAGUGGAAGGAUGAGCAUGGGCCAUCGUUGCGUUGAUGGGUGACUAUAGCAUUCGAGCACCUGUGCACAGAGAACAGUCCAUGCACCUUGGCUCAAGAUCCUCAAUAGGCAGGGGGGUGGGGGAGGGAGGGAGAAGGGGUGUGUCUCGCUUGCUCACAAAGAAACCACACAGUGAAAUGACUGGGUGGUGAGACACUGCCGCCUCCAUCCCAACCUGCACCAUGCAUGUCCCGAUUUCUGCUUCCCAGAGCUCUGCAGCCCCUAACCUAGGGUUCUGAUGUGCUGAUGCACCGCAUCCUGCAGAGCCUCAGCGAGCAUCUGCUCACAUCCCAGUAUUUCUGCUGAGUGAGCCUGGGUUCUGGAAAUCAUCUAAGUUAUUUUUAUGUAGGAAAGGAAAAAUAAUUUUCCCUGUAACUUCUGUGUUCGUAGCUGAGACCUCUGCAAUUAACAGAUUAACCAGAGGAAACACGCAUAAGUUGGAAAUGAGUAACUCCCUGCGUUGUCGGGAAUUCAGGCUUAACUACCAUCCGAAUAGAGAAAGGGGAGGGAGGAUGUAGGCCUCCUUAGGAAAGAUGAGUGGGCCCUUAGAAGAACAGAUGGGAAGGAGGGAUGAUAGUUUGCGAUCAUUGGUCUGGGUGUGGUGUCCAUUUCUCGUCUCCUCUCCUGUGAUGAGUCAAUCUUUCCUGCUUGAUGAAACUCCCAGGGGGGAUUCAUGACCACUGCGUUCCUUUUGGAGGAUGUGUCUUUAGGCAGAUACAGCAGUUCAGAGGAAGUCUCCCUCUGCAUUUGCUGUUUUUCAAAAUAAUCAGUAUGCCCGAGCAGCGGUGUGGCAUGUUCCGCUACCCUGACCGCCUGCCGCCUCCUGCUCCAGAGGAAACGGCCGAGGCAGAAAGCUGUCUGCGGGCACCACGGCUCCGCUUUCUUCCUGCUGCGGGGAUCAGACCGGGCCUUCUCGGCACGGUGGGGUGGGUCUGAGCUAACAGCAGCAGUGGUGAAGUUGAUGAGUUUCCCACGUGACAGGCACCUUUCCAAGGUUCAUGUGAGUUAAUGAAACUUUAAAGGCUUGAUGAAUUCACACUCACCCCAAGCCUAUGAGGUCGAUCAGUUAUUAUCCUCGUUUUACAGAAAAGAAGACAGAGUUAGAGAGUUAGGUUACUUGCUAUAAUCCCACAUUUUGGCUCUAAACCUUGUGCUUUGAACCACUACUCUCGCAAUAUCUAAGAGGUGACAAUUUUCAAACACCCAAGUGACUGAAAUUCAAGAACUGUCUGGCUGCAAAUGAAGCAACAAUGACUUACAGAGCAUUCGCAGGCCCAGGCCCAAGCCCAGGUGUGCUGUGGGAGUGAGAAGUGCUGGAUGCAGUCAGCUGGUAGGGAGAUGAGACAUUCAUCCGGGGUUAAAUAUUAGUGAAACACGAUAUGAAAAUGUUGCAUGCAGUAAGAGAUGAAUUAUUGAAUGCUUCAAUUAAGAGCUGAAGGGGUCACUGUGGCUUGGGAUAGUUGCGAUAGCCUCAUUUGUUUAUUCAAAUGAAUUACCAAGGUGCGAACUCAGUGCCAGGCCUUUAGGAACACCAGGAAUGGAAAGGAGAAUUCCAUGCCGACCCUGCCCAGACCCUCAGAUCAUCACAAGACAACGUAGUUAUAGGUGGAGACAGAAGCAGAGCACUGAGGCUUCAGGGUAAGGAGAGGCUGACCAAGUCUUGAUGACAUGGGGCGGUCCUGGGAAGGGUUUGUAGAGGCGCAGAAAGAGGAGCAGGGUGGGGAGGAAUGACUCUCCCUAGAGCUAUGAAUAGUACCACCUUACUUUUGGCCAGUAUGUUAGUUUUAAAAUCAUUUCAGCGUCCCUUCUCUUGAGCCUCACCUACCAGGGAAGAAAGAUGAGCAGGCAUUGUAGAAAGCAAGUCCAGAAUGGUUAGUGGCCUGCCUGGGGUGGCACAGCAGAGCUUGGCCUGAGACCUGGUCUUCUGACUCCCUCACCAGUGCUCUUUCCACUGGAUGGCUCUCAAAGCUACGUCCCUUCAUUGCACCACAGGUGGAGAGUGGAAAGGCCUCAUUCUUUUAUAUUUGCACGAGUUUCUAUGCCCUGGGCAACUGGCUAGUCCUUCAACAAAGUGGUGAGGCCGAGGGGCCCCAACAUCGCUUAGUGGUUAGGUAGCUAAUUAUAAGUAGAACUGACCGUGGCUAGGGGCAUAGCUUAUUUAUAAUUUUCUUUUUUUCUUUCUUGUACUGUUCUUCAACCAUUUUUCUAACAGCUUCGUCCACCCGGGGCUCUUGACAUUGCAUUAUGUAUCCCUCACAAGCUUCACUCCAGGGCAUGUUCUUUACGUAAUGACUAUCAUCAUUAUCCUCAGUAACCACAUAUUGACUAUUUACUGCAGCCCAAGCACUGUGCUAAGAACUUAGGUGGAUUUGUUUCUUCGGUCCUCACAAUGAGAUGGGCACUGUUAUUCCCACUUUACAGAUAAGGGAAACAGGGACAGAGGAGGUGUAACUUGCCUGAGGGUACACAGCUAUAAAGUGGCAGAGGCAGGAUUCAGAUGAGGGUCUAUCUCCAAAUAGCGUCACUGGCCCUGUGUUGUCUGCGUUACAUGUUGUUUUGCUGGGGUUGCUUUGCUCCCACUGGAAGCGUAUCUUUUGGCGCCAACAACUUUUGAAAGGAGUCUCCAACGUUUCCCCAGGCUUUGGAAAGGUCUGUCUUUUGUGCCUCUAAUGCCUAAUGGCUAGGAACCCCGUCAGGAUGUAGGUACUGGUUGAAUACACAAAUGAAUCACCCCAAUUCCACAGAUGUACAAUGAACACCUAUUGUGCGACCAGCCCCAUGCUAGGUACUCCAUGAGAAUCCAAGAAAAUGAAGAGGUCUGUCUGCUCACUGCUCUUAAAGCAAAAUUAGCACAUGCCCAAGGCGGAGAAUAGAGAAGUAGACAUCAUCAAGGGGAAAGCUGUGGGGUGCUCACCCUAAGGAGCAUGGGAGCUGGGAGAAAGGGAAGAACCCUAUGGAUAGAGUAGACUGAAGGCUUCCAUGUUGGGGCUCCAGGAAUACAAUGGAAGAGUGUGCUUGUGGAGGGAGCGGUUGUCACUUCACUUGUCCCCUUUCACACACAAGGGGGUAGGGAGAGCUGUCCAGGAGGAGGAGGAUGUGAGAGGGUGUUGAUUCUGGGGGGCCCUUGUCCAGCAAUGCCAACAGCAGCCAACACAGACUGCCCUUUCAUGGAACCACUCAAAGAGUUCCCUGUUUGGGAGCAUUGCUUCUCAAGCUGAGAGCAUCCACGAGGGAGGGAGGGUGGAACGAAGGGGGCACUUGCCCGCAGAGUGCUGCACACUCUGGCAACUCCGUGAAAUCAGCCAAGGGCUAGGGGAGGAGACACACCUUUGUACCUAUUCUGUGCCAGCUAUUUAUUCUCCCUUCUCUCUUUCACAACAAGUAUGAGGUAAGGCAAGAGAGGGAAAGGAGGCUCAAUGAAAAGACUUCCUUAAGUUCACACAGCUAGCAGCAGAGCCGGGUGCAGAGUGAGGCAGGCCUCCCUACCAGCUGCUUCUAACCUUUCUCACCUGAAGAUCCUCACAACUUUCCCCCCCUUGGGAAGUAGAGCUUGUCUCUUUCCCGUCUUCGUCUCUACCCCAUCCCUCAUUCAUUCCCUGUUGUGCUUGGGAGCAGUCCCACUUGGUGAGGCUGGGGAGGCGAACCCAGUGGACCUCAGAUCUAAGGGGUUUUGCCUUGGUUUCCCCUCCUGUUGGAAUUCCUUUGUCUUAGCAACAUGGCAUUUCCUGCUUUUCACCUGGACUACUGCAGGAAGCACAUUUGAAUUAUACUUUAAAUACUUAAGUCUCAUUUAACCCUCCUGACACCUUGUAAUUUAAGGAUUAUCAACCCAUUUUUAAAAUUUUUUUUUGGAUAAGGAACCUGAAAUUCUGAAAGAAGUCAAUGGUCACCCAGCUAGUGGGUGGCUGAGAGCCUGUCACCACUAGUACCUGUCAGCAAGCCCCAAUCUUCUCACCUGCCUCAUCCCCAUCUCUUUUCUGGUAUAUGUAGGAGUAAUAAGGUGUGCACUGGCCUGGAAGCUCUGUGGCUUGAAUCCGAGCCCAGACUGUGCUAAUUGUGUGACCUUGGGCAAAUUACUUCCCUUAUCAGAGCUUUCGUUUUCUCACCUGUAGGAUGGCACUGCUAAUCUGCCACCCCUACCCACUCCAGAGGAGCUGUGAGACCUCGAAGGAUGAAAAUGUGCUUUAUAAAUGGUAUAUGCUGUAUUGUGUCGUUAGGCUAAGCUUGAUUAGUCAUCGCUUUGUGGCAUCAUCAUUGAUCAUCAGGAAAAACACUUUCUCCCCCAUCACACAGUUCCCUACUCAGUUAACUGUUCCUUCCGUCCACCAGAUAGUUGCAGGCUCCAAUGUUUAGCCUGGCUACAGGCUGGGGUUUUCUAGCAAACUGCUGGGAGAGAAAGCCAGCUCUAGGAAUAAGGGAGUCUCUUGAGUUUACAUAACAUUCUGAGCCUUGGAACCAGAGUGAGAAUGUGUUGACUCUGGCUGCUGAUGGGUAGCCAGCUGGGGCAGGAGAGUUGGCUGGAAGCUUACAAACAGCACGCUGUUCCUGCAGGGAAGAGUGUGGCUGCCUUUGCUUUCUCUACUCUUAUAGGCUCUCUUCUUGCUUUUCCCUUAUUGUCUUUACCCUUUAACUCCCUAUCCCCUGUUCUGAUGACAGGCUCUUGAAUCCAACUUAAGGGUCCUUGCACCUCACUGUCCAAAUCGGUUUGUCUUGUUCAUUUCACAUCCAAAAUCUUGAGCCGGUUGCCUCCUCUCAUCCCUGCAGCCAUUGUCCUAGUUAAGUGUACUGUUGCCAUUUACAACUGCCCCUUUACUGAGCUCCUGCCUCUCGUCUGGUGCAGACCAAUCCAGCUACACAGGAUACUAGAGUUCCUUCACUG